AUGGCUCAGUUCGAUAAAAGUCAAUUGCAUUCAACGCAGUUUACACCACUGAAAAAUAAAAGAAAUAGACAGUUAUUAGCCAGAGAAGACACCUUAAACUUAUCGCCGAUAUUUAAUGAAACUUCUAUUUUCAAAAGUUUUAACGAUACCAGCUUAAGACAAGUUCUGGACGAAUCAUCGAUAUUAUUGACUCCAGGAGCCUUCGGUGAAAAUUUGAGUGAAGCUUUCUUUGAGAUAAUUCAAACAAGCCGUCCUAGUAAUGUACUGGAUAUUUUGGCGAGGUUAUCUCAGGUAUGUUGUGAGUCUCUUGAGAUCGUAGAACCUUGUAAUAGAUACAAUGCACAAAACUAUUGGUUAGCGGAAGAAGCGAAUACCUGGAAACUUCUCCACUGCUUAUAUGCUGAUUCUUUGACUGAGCAUCCUGAGUCAUUGGACAAUUUGAUCACUGAAACCACAUUAUCUCAGCAAAAUUUAGUUGAUGCAUUAUUUAGAAGUGAUUCUGAACUAAGACUUUUACAAAUAUUGGUAGACUGGCUAGAAGCAACUGCUGCUUAUCAAGAAGAAGCUACUAAAACAUCAGCUCCUAUUAUUGGCAACGAUGUACAUUGGAGUAACACUUUGCAUCAACUAUUAAUUGGCUCUAGUUUGUUUAACAAAGAAAAGAAUAAAGCUAUGGUUACUUGCAUGGAUCCGGAUGCUCCUAGACGCCAAAAGAAAAUAGUUCACUCUGAUGACCAAAAAGAUGACAAUGAUUUAUGCAAGAGAAUUUUUACAGAAGUAAGGUGUGGCAAAUUCACAGAGGCAGUUUCCUUGUGUAUUAGCACUGGACAAGCCUGGCGAGGUGCUGUCCUCCAAGGAUGGAGAUUGCUUCACUACUAUCCCAAGGAAGAUGCUUACUCUCCUCUAGAUAUAUCUGGCAACCCUUCAAGAGAUUUAUGGAAAUGGUGUGCAUUGCAAUUGGCAAAUAACACUACGGAGAACUUAUAUUACAGAGCUACAGUUGGAGUUUUGUCUGGUCAUCUUCCCAGUGCAUUAUCUGUUUGCCAAGGCAGUUGGGAAGAUAUACUAUGGGCUCACUUAAAAGUUCAGAUUGAAGUUAGAGUAGAUAAGUUUUUACGUGAGCAUCAUGCUACAGUUGAUGCAAAUACUACACCAACUGAUGUUCUUGCUUUACUGCAGUCAGAACUUCAAGUUGAAGAACUGUCUUUGGUACAAGUUUUUAGUGCUGUUAAAGCAUUGAUGGAUAACAAGAAAGAAUCUUUGUACCAAAAUUGUCAACGUCAUUUAAUGCUUGGUCAUGUUAGAGCUAUUAUGCAAGAUUCUCUAGAAUGGAUUGAAAACUGUGAUGAAAGAUUUGUGAGAUUUUUGGCUCAUCUCAUACUCAUUUUAAGAGUUAUGGGCAAGGAUCCUCAACAUGAUAUCGGGGAUAAAAUUUUGGAAAAAUAUGUCACACAACUUGUUACUAAGUUGAUUGAUGGUUCUGUUGAACAACCUGAACUGAUUGCCUAUUACACUUCUAAUGUUCCAGUAACCAGACAAAUUAUAUUAUAUUCAGAAUUAAUGGAUCACAUUCAUAAAAGUGAGUAUAGACAAGGAGUGGUGAAAGCAGGAGUCGAUGCAGGUAUUGAUGUUGCAACUUCAGCUAGAGUAGCCAUAAAAAAAGCUAUUGCAGAUAUUCAGCUAGGCUAUGGAAAUUUGGAUUUGACUUUUACUCAAACAUCUGCAGUUGAAAAGGAUAAAACUUUAAUACAAAAAGUUAUAUCUUCUCUCGAGUGGUUGUCUCUUAUUUCAAACCAACAUGAAGAAGCAUUGUGGCUGAGUAAUGCUAUGAUCCGCACAUUCAUUUUUAUUGGAAACACAAAUGCUGCUUUAGCUUGCGUCACAAAUGUUGAUGAUAUGUUUCCAGAAAUUAUGAGUAACAUAUCGUCCAAUUCUGCAGAGCUAAGAGAACAUUUGUGUUUGAAAGCUUAUCUGGAAGCCUUAGAAGGAUUUGCUACAUGGUAUAGGCAUUUUAUAAGUGGACAGCCUAAGGACGUAGAACCUUUACAAUCUGAUGCAUCAUUCUCAGACAAAGUGCACCAUGAACAAAGAUGUGCUCAAGUUGAACAACAAAAGGCUCGCUGGUUAAAUGCUGUACAACACCAAGCCAAACACACGAAAAAUCUACUUUAUAAUGUUUUACUCUUCCCUGGUGGUUGGCUUCAGGAUGAUAGAGAUAGUUCUACAUCUCAAAAAUUCAGUGAAGAUGAAAAGCAAGAAAGAUCAAAACAAUUAGAGACCUUAAGACGUCUCUGUAUUCCUGAAGUUGUGAUAUUGAUUUUAAAAAUCUUGCAGAGUAGUGAUAACAUAGAUGAUCACAAAGAAGCUGUAAAAUUGAGUAAUCUGAUAGCUGGAGAGAAUAGAUGUUUAUAUAAAGUAUUCACAAAGAAUAAACUGAUGGAGGUUUUGGAGCGGAUCAAAGAAUCGUCACUAACUUUAUUGGAAAAAGGAAAAGAUAUGUUUGGUUAUGAAAUUAUAGAAUAA